UAAUACGGGUGGAGAAAAGUACCGCCGUCCUCCUGAGCCGUACCGCCUUUGCUGCUUCUCACACACUCGCAGGAUUACGAACAACAUAUCCAAAAUGUCUGGAAGAGAAGGAGGUAAAAAGAAACCCCUGAAGGCUCCUAAGAAACAAUCAAAGGAGAUGGAUGAGGAUGAGAUUGCUUUCAAGCAGAAGCAGAAGGAGGAGCAGAAAGCAAUGGACGCCCUGAAAGCCAAAGCAUCAGGAAAAGGACCCAUGGGCGGUGGUGGAAUCAAGAAGUCUGGAAAGAAAUGAACCGGCAGUGUUAGUUACCUGCAUUCGGGAACCGUUAUGUGAAUACGCCGUUUGAUUUUGCUUUGGGGCCACAAAUGCAAAUGUACACAAACUAGCAUUUUUAAUACCCUACUGUGUGGAUAAGAAGGAAACAAGCAAAUAAAAUAAAUACACUUUUGUAUGUAUUUUAUGUGGAGUCACAGUUUAUUGCAUAAACAAAGACAUACAUAAACACAUAAGAUCUCUGAUUUUAAGAUGAUGUACAUUUUAAUUUUAAACAUUUCAGCCAUGCAUUUAUUUACAGAAAACCUUUAUUUGGUAUAUACUGGUUCCUUUAUUCCAGGUCCUCAGGCAGGGUUUUCUGUGUCCGGUCAUCGACUAUUUCCUGCGUUUGGCAGACUCUAAAGCAAGAGUUGUUUUUUUUUUUGGUAAUUUGAAGUGACUCUUGUGUUGUGUAUUAGGUCGUAGUUGAUAAUGGGCGUGUACAAAAUAAAGAAUUAUGCUGCUUA